AUGCUUGGAGGGUUCUUCUCAGUUGCUGCUGUUAGCAGAGGACCCCAGCAUUUAUCAUCCCGUCUCGUCUCAUCCAAAUAUCCCAGGCCAAAGCCGAGACACUACAAGCGACGGCUCUUUGAAGCCGCUCUAGCUCCUGUACUUCCUGGAAAAAUAGCACUAUGUACACCGAGAGCUCCGAAAGACAACAACUACACCGAGUACGACCAGGUCGAACUCGCUCUGUGUCGCCUCGUCAAGAAGUGGAUGGUUUCUGAGGAAUUCCGAGUGGUGGCCUUCUGUCAGUUUCUACCCGUAUUGGCCCGAACAGUGUGGUUAACGAGGAAUCAACUUCGUUUGAAAGGAUUGGAGUUCCGCUCCUAUGGAAACCGCAUUAUGCGAAAAGUAUUUGAAGGUACUCCAUUAUCUGCUCUUAACCCCGUCUUGGUCGAUACUAACGCUAUGUUGUUUGGAAAGGAUCUUCAAGCGCUCAAAACUAUAAAGGAUGAGACGGAAAAAAUCAGUUGGAUUGUACCUCUUGUUUGCGUUGUUGAUUCUCGUAUUCUUUCAAUGGAAGAGGUGACACGGUUCUCAAAAGUUGGCUCACUUGAUGAUCACCGAAUUGAAACCGUGCAAAUCCUCAGUUUGCAGCUUGGACAAUUGUCAAUGUCAUUGUACUCGCAAUCACUACAUCUGACAUCUGCACUUGACCAAAUCGCCUCCCGUCUUACCCCGUCGUGA